AUGUCCGAGACAAGCUUGGUCACAUCCGAGCCAAACCUGAUCGAUAGAGACUCCAAGAUCCGUUGCCCAAGCGGCGCUGAUCUGCUGGAUGAUACCCCUUUCGAGUUUACUGAGAUCGGGGGUGGAUCAGGGGGUUCUUCUCAGCAAAUUUUGAAUAGGUAUGAUCUUCAAUGGUCGUCUUCAGAGUUCGAGACUCUGUUGAAAUUGCCAAAAGAGCUCUCACACUUGGCCGCGGAAGAAUGGUCCAGCAAACAGGAGGAGAUUUCGAAGGCGACCUACACAACUCCCAACACAGCCACUUCAGAUCCGAUUCUAAUGCACUUCCGAUCUCGAAAAGCGCCAGAGAGCCGAGACGAUUUCCAGAUUGCCAUCGCUUGCUCCCUGUCGCUCGAGUACGAUGCCGUCUGCCACCUUGUCGACGAUUUCUGGGACAAGGAUUAUGGCAGAACAGCCAGCGACCCAAACAUGUACAGGAACGGACGGAUCGGAGCGUUCAACAUUGUCAUCGUCUUGCUGUACGGCAAGCGCAUAUUCAAAGCUACCAGCGCAACCGCAAGCCUUCGGUCUAGUUACCCAAACCUGGAGCUCGUCUUAGUGACGGGCAUCUGCGGAGGCGUCCCAAAGACAGGAGAGGGUAAGGAACUCGUUCUUGGGGAUGUCGUUAUCAGCAACACUGUCGUCCAAUACGAUCUGGGGAGACGAUAUCCGGACGGAUUCGAAACUAAGAACACGCUCAAUGAUAGCCUUGGAAGGCCGGCGCUGCAUAUCCAAAAUCUUGUUGUAACGUUCAAGACACGCCGAGGUCUCCAGCUGCUUGAGCAACAAUCAGCCUCCCACUUGGAGAAACUCCAGAGUCAACAGUCUGAUGGUGAUGCAGCAACACAUUACGAGUAUCCCGGAGCCGGAAAUGAUCAUCUGUACCCGACUUCCUACGUCCACAAACAUUACUCGACAGAGGUCUGUAGGGAGUGCAACAGUGGUCCUGGUGUCGUUUGCGCUGUUAGCCGGAACCUGUCUUGCCGCGAACUCGGAUGUGAUGCGCAGCAACGCGUGCCUCGAAAGCGACUUCAAGACAGCGAGAGGGUUCGAGUGCCUCGAGUUCUCGUCGGCCAUCUUGGAUGGGGAGACAGGGUGCUCAAGUCCGGGGAGGAUCGCGAUAGAAUCGCAAAAGAGCACGAUCUGAUCGCCUUCGGGAUGGAGGAAGCAGGCGCCUGGGAUGGGAUCCCCUGCAUCAUCGUCCAAGGUAUCUGUGACUACGCCGACAGCCACAAGAACAAACACUGGCAGAACUUUGCAGCUGCCACGGCCGCGUCAGUCGCAAAGGCGCUUGUCGAGGAGUACCCACGAACCGACAAGCCGUCUAAUUCAAGGCAGCAAGAGAGCCUGGAAGAUGACCCAUCCGAAGAUGAGUCAACCUCCUACAGCGUUUCUUCAGGUGGGGACAAGGAGUCAGUCUCAGAUAUCGUUCACAGGAUCCCUUCUUCGGAUGCGUGUCACGUUCUCGCUUACGACCGUAACGAGAAUUUCGUCCCCCGUCCUGGCAUUAACUCCAAACUCGAUCAACUGUUACCAUCCAACUCGGACGAGUUCCAAAGCGCAGCACUCUGGGGCCUCGGUGGAUCAGGAAAAACUCAGGUCGCCUUACAGUAUGCCUAUGGCCGCUGCCGCAACCCGGAUUGUUCGGUCUUUUGGGUACACGCGGAUACGGAGGCGACAUUUACGCAAGACUACAACAGAGUUGCCGAUGCGCUGGGACUUGGCAGCUUUUCGGAAGGAAGCGAACUCCUGCGGGCAGUACGAAGCGGUAUAGAAUCACAAAAAAGAUGGCUCCUUGUUCUUGACAACGCUGAUGACCUGGGCCUUUUUGGUGUAGGUCCGGCGACUGGCCACCGAGGGCGGACUCUCUCAAACUACAUCCCAAAAGGGCCCAGCGGCGCAGUGCUCUGGACAAGCCGAGACCAGCAAGUUGAUGGAAGUCUCGUCGAGCCACAGCACGGGAUUGAAGUGCCCAAGAUGACAGCCGAGGAAUCAAGGAAUCUGCUUGAGAUAUGGAGGCGCCAAGUGACGCCCAAUGAAGAGAUUCGAGAGGUAGAGCUCCUACUCGAAGAGCUUCAAUGGCUACCAUUGGCCAUCUCGCAAGCGGGGGCGUAUUUGUACAAGACAGACACAUCUGUGACGGAGUACUUGUCUCAGCUGAGGCAAGAAACUGAGAGAUGGCGGGUUCUUGGAGAGGAUGAGUUUGACAAACACAGGCGGAGCGAUGCCCAAAACAGCGUGUUAAGGACCUGGAGCAUCUCGAUUCACCGCCUCAAACAAGAGAAUCAGACUACAUACAAGAUCCUCCACACCCUAGCAUUCCUUCACAGCCAGGAAAUUUCUAUGGAGUUAUUAGUGGAAGCCGCCAGAUACAACUGGGAGUCACAGAGCUGGACAACGCAGGAAGUGGAGGCACUAAACAAGGCAGUACAACGACUUCAAGACUUCUCUUUCAUCACAAAAUAUCGGGGCGCGGAAAACAGACAAAUGGUCAAGAUGCACAAGCUUGUACAAGACGCUGCUCGAUACGGCCUCAACACACAAAAAUCUCCGGGUCAAGGUGGAGAAUACUUUGCCAGGCUUGCGCUGCUUGCCGUGGAUCGUGUCUAUGCUCGAAACACGUGGCCCGGCAAUAGCUGGCAGGGUAACAACGAGAGAUACCUUGCGCAUGCACUGCGAGUCUGCGGAUGGACUGAGAUCCAGGGAAUGGAAGGUGUGGCAUACAAUCUUCAGGGUCAGGUUUGCCGGUUUCUCUCCUCCCGUGGGCGAUGGGAGGAGCUACGGCUUGCAGCAGAAACUCAGCUGCGUCUGGCACAAAGGGGUUUUGGCGAGAAGGAUAGGAGAUCCAUCCAGGCGUUGUUGAACCUUGGGUGGACAUUCAUCAAUCUGGAACAGCCCCAAGAGGUUGAAGAGUGCGCCAAACAAACAAUGGCGCUGGCGCAGGAGACACUGGGCGACCAUGAUUUACUCACGCUCGAUUGCAAACGCCUCUUCGGGUUAGCCGCCGCACAACAGGGCCGCUCGAAGCAGGCGAAAGAGUUGCUUAUGGAAAUCUUAGGCUAUGCAGAAACAUUCUUGACUGCACGUCAUGACCUCAUUCUCGACUGUAUGCACGACUUGGCCCGCGCUCACUUGCAACUGAACGAGCAUGACGAGGCCGAAGAGCUCCUCUCUUCACUAAUGAAGAAAGUUAAGGCCAGAUACGGCCAGGGUCACCCUAGAAGCUUCCAAGUCCUUAGCCAUUUCGGUAAUCUGUAUUACAGAAAAGGGCGGAUUGACGAAGCAGUCAAAGUGCAAUCUCGCCUCUUGGACUUUCACAUUCAGUCGCUUGGCAGCCAACAUCCAGAUACUUUGAUCAUGAUGUAUAACCUGGCCUGGUCACGGAGGCUUCAGGGGCAGAAAGAGGAGGCUCUCGAGCUGAUGCAGGAGUGCUCGCGCUUGCGCCAUGCAAUUUUAGGAGCAGAACACCCACACACAAAAUGUGCCGAUGAAGCGAUUGAGAACUGGGAACGGGAGGACAGGGAGGCGGAUAAGGACCAUCAACAUGAGGGCACAGAAGUAGACGAGGAUAGUGGCUGCACGGACAUGGAGAUGGACAAGAGUAUCGAGCACGAGGAGAUGGAGGUGGACGAGGCGGAGGCUGAGUCGGAGAGGAAUCUCGUCAGCCCGUCUAAGGAGGGCAGUGAUGCCAGGACAAUAUUCGUUCCGUGA